AUGACCAAAAAGGUCAACGUUAAUUUCGAAGGGAAUUUGUCUUCUCUCUUGUCUUGUGAUUGUAAUGUUGAAGAACCUGGGAGAGUGGCUUUUGUCUCUGGCAUCAGAGAAAAUAACAAAAUUUGUUACGGAGAGUACACGGAAGUCAUCAAAUCUUUGAAAGAGGUUGUUGAUAAAUGUUUGUUCACUUGGGAGACUUUCCCUGUACAGCUUCCUAAAUCAUUCUUGUCUCUAGCAGCUUACGAAGAUUUAAAUAUAUCGGACCUCUUCUAUGAUAACAAAGUCGAAAAAUGUGAGGCGGCUGCCAGAAUAUGUUUUCGAGAUUUAAAUGUCGUAAAUAAGAGUCAACGACAGGAAAUCCAUACAGACGCACAGUUCGUUGUGCCUUGCACAACUUUCACGGGUGAAGUACAUGCAUGGAAAAUCUCUCCUUGGCUUCUGAAAGGAACUCGAAAUAUUUACAAACAUUUUAAUAGAGAUUUAUAUAAAGCUUUGUCUGUAGUGGUGGUAACUUCUAUGAAUUUCAUUGAAAAUCCGAAUUUCUCCAUCUCGAUCAUUGGUUGA